CUCCGCACUCCCGUUCGCCCUACUCCUACCACCCCCAUAAAGCCAGGCCGAGGGUAGUAAUAUCAUCACCCCUCGCUAAUCUUCCAAAAGUUGGCAGUGAACUGGAGCCGAGCCUUUAUCAUUACUACUACCUUGUUAUUACGAGUGGUUGGUACGCGCAUUAUUGUUAGUUUCUCCUCCACUCCCGACCCGGGCCACACCACGCAACAGGACGCGCCCCGUGCUCCGGCGCGGCCGGCGCCGGUGGAUUUAGCGGCGACGGCUUGCGUCCGGUAGUGCAGGUAGCGCCACCAGCUUCGCCGCGGAGAUGAUGGCGCCGGCGCUGAUGAGGCUGAUGCUGGCGCUAGCGGUGGUGGGCUGCUGCGCCGCCCGGCAGCCCGGCGGCCGCGUCGACCUGUGGCCAAUGCCCGCGUCCGUGACCCGCGGGGCCAGGACGCUCUACGUCGCCAGGGACCUCAAGCUGUCGACCGCCGGGACCGGGUACAAGGACGGGAAGGCCAUCCUGGCCGACGCCUUCAGGAGGAUGGUGGCCGUCAUCCAGCUCAACCACGCCAUCAACGGCAGCUACCACGGCCUGCCCGUGCUCGCCGGCGUCAAUGUGGCCGUCCGUUCCCCGGACGACGAGCUCAAGUUCGGGGUGGAUGAAUCGUACAAGCUGACCGUGCCUGCAACUGGGAAUCCGAUAUAUGCCCGAAUUGAGGCCCAAACAGUGUUCGGAGCGCUUCAUGCUUUAGAGACAUUCAGUCAAUUGUGUUACUUCGAUUUUAUUUUAAGUGUAACUGGACUACAUUGGGCUCCUUGGACUAUCGUGGACAAGCCCAGAUUUCCUUAUCGUGGGCUUCUUAUUGAUACCGCAAGGCAUUAUCUUCCUGUCCCAGUAAUCAAAAGUGUAAUCGAUUCAAUGGUCUACAGUAAGUUGAAUGUUCUUCAUUGGCACAUCGUGGAUGAGCAGUCAUUUCCUCUUGAAAUACCUUCAUACCCAAAAUUAUCAAAUGGUGCAUACUCUUAUUCAGAAAAAUAUACAAUCAAUGAUGCAAUCGACAUUGUACAAUAUGCUGAAAAAAGAGGUGUAAAUGUCUUGGCUGAGAUUGAUGUUCCUGGCCAUGCUGGCUCAUGGGGUGUUGGAUAUCCGUCGUUAUGGCCGUCAGCUACCUGUCAACAACCGCUUGAUGUCAGCAGCGACUUUACAUUUAAAGUGAUCGACGGAAUUCUUUCAGAUUUUAGCAAGGUUUUUAAGUUCAAGUUUGUUCAUUUGGGAGGCGACGAAGUCGAUACAAGUUGCUGGACUACCACACCACGCAUUAAAUCAUGGUUGGUUCAACAUGGUAUGAAUGAGUCUGAUGCUUACAGAUAUUUUGUCCUAAAGGCUCAAAAGAUUGCAAUUUCACAUGGCUACGAGAUUAUUAACUGGGAAGAAACAUUUAACAACUUUGGAGACAAGUUGGACCGCAAAACUGUGGUGCAUAACUGGCUUGGAGGUGGAGUUGCAGAGAAAGUGGUUUCUGCUGGUCUGAGAUGCAUUGUCAGCAACCAGGAUAAGUGGUACCUAGAUCACCUGGAUGCUACAUGGGAAGGAUUCUAUAUGAAUGAACCAUUAACAAAUAUCUACAACCCAGAACAACAGAAGUUGAUUCUUGGCGGAGAAGUAUGCAUGUGGGGCGAACACAUAGAUGCAUCCGACAUUCAACAAACCAUUUGGCCUCGUGCUGCAGCAGCUGCAGAGCGACUGUGGACUCCCGUUGAGAAGCUUGCGAAGGACACAACGGCGGUCACUGCAAGAUUGGCACACUUCAGGUGUCUGCUGAAUGAGAGAGGGAUCGCCGCGGCACCGCUGGCUGGAUAUGGCCGCACAGCUCCAUCAGAGCCAGGAUCCUGUAUAAGGCAGUAGGACAUUCAUAAUGGGGGUAUACCAUUCAUACAGGAAUAAACAUCAGCCGAGGCAUCUUUUUUUCACCGUUCUGGGCAAUGAAGCCAUGAUAAAUGUAGGGCGUGUUUGGUUCCAGUUUGCUACAAUAGCUGCAUUGCAUGUCCAUCUCCA